CAAGCGUCUUCACAAGACCGUGCGGCGCCUGGUGCCCGACUGUGACGUCCGCUUCCUCCGCUCUGAGGAUGGCAGUGGCAAGGGGGCCGCCAUGGUGACGGCGGUGGCCUAUCGACUGGCCGACCAGCACCGGGCCCGCCAGAAGACCCUGGAGUCUCUGAAGCUGAACCGUGAGCAGCUGCUGGAGGUCAAGAGGAGGAUGAAGAUAGAGAUGGAGCGAGGUCUGAGCAAGGAGACUCACGCCAUUGCUCCUGUCAAGAUGCUGCCCACCUACGUGUGUGCUACCCCUGAUGGCACAGAGAAAGGAGACUUCCUGGCCUUGGACCUUGGGGGUACCAAUUUCCGGGUGCUGCUGGUGCGUGUCCGGAACGGGAAGCGACGCGGAGUGGAGAUGCACAACAAGAUCUACUCUAUCCCGCAGGAGGUCAUGCACGGCACGGGGGAUGAGCUCUUUGACCACAUCGUCCAGUGCAUUGCGGACUUCCUGGAGUACAUGGGCAUGAAGGGUGUGUCCCUGCCUCUAGGUUUCACUUUCUCCUUCCCCUGCCAGCAGAACAGCCUGGACGAGAGCAUCCUCCUGAAGUGGACGAAAGGCUUCAAGGCGUCCGGCUGCGAGGGUGAGGACGUGGUGAUGCUGCUGAAGGAGGCCAUCCACCGGCGGGAGGAGUUUGACCUGGACGUGGUUGCUGUGGUGAACGAUACAGUUGGGACUAUGAUGACCUGUGGCUAUGAAGACCCUCACUGUGAAGUCGGCCUCAUUGUUGGCACAGGCAGCAAUGCUUGCUACAUGGAGGAGAUGCGGAAUGUGGAGCUGGUGGAAGGGGAAGAGGGGCGGAUGUGUGUCAACAUGGAAUGGGGGGCCUUCGGGGACAACGGAUGCCUCGAUGACUUCCGCACAGAAUUUGACGCAGCUGUGGAUGAGCUCUCCCUCAACCCUGGCAGACAGAGGUUUGAGAAAAUGAUCAGCGGCAUGUACUUGGGCGAGAUUGUUCGUAACAUCCUCAUUGAUUUCACCAAGCGUGGGCUGCUUUUCCGUGGCCGCAUCUCAGAGCGGCUCAAGACAAGGGGAAUCUUUGAAACCAAGUUCCUGUCUCAGAUUGAGAGUGACUGCCUGGCCCUGCUGCAGGUCCGUGCCAUCCUGCACCACUUAGGGCUCGAGAGCACGUGCGAUGACAGCAUCAUCGUCAAGGAGGUGUGCACCGUGGUGGCUCGACGGGCAGCUCAGCUCUGUGGCGCAGGCAUGGCCGCCGUAGUGGACAAAAUCCGAGAAAACCGUGGCCUGGACACCCUCAGAGUGACAGUGGGUGUGGACGGGACCCUCUACAAGCUGCAUCCUCACUUUGCCAAAGUCAUGCAUGAGACGGUGAAGGACUUGGCUCCAAAAUGUGAUGUAUCCUUCCUGGAGUCAGAAGAUGGCAGUGGGAAGGGGGCAGCUCUCAUCACUGCUGUGGCCUGCCGCAUCCGAGAGGCUGGACAACGAUAGAGCCCCUGCAAUUGGAAGGACUUCCUCUGGUUUCCCUUUUUUCCUGCUUUAAAUUAUAAGAUGCCAUUCCCCUUGUGUCAGAAACAGACCCCCUGGCUUUUCCUUGCAGAGAGGACCUCAUUGGACUAGGUUUUGUCUCUGUCUACUCUGACUACCAAAUUGUAGAGUUUGGUACCCAAGCCUUGGCCCCCCUGAGAUAAAUACAAUUUGAAGUAAGGAUUUGUUCACACUUGUCACAACCAUUACCAUUGAUUUUCUUAAAACUUGAAAAAAAGUUUUAAUCUUUGGUAAUCCCCCUGGCCAAAUUCCAUGUCCCUGUAUAAUCCUACAGGAUGGGGACAAUAAUAAAAAAUAUGUUUGCUUCACCUUGAAGCCUGACCGUGACAUUUCAAGGUGGAAAGCAUCCCUCAGCUUGAAGGUUGGUGCUAUUUCUCCUCUCAGAGAGCUGAGAGGUCUCCACUGACUUGAGCCCGAUUCUCCCAUAGGCAGCGGGGAGGGGCAGCAAUGGAGGGGAAGUCGAUGGAUAGCCAUGUGUCAGCCCCUCUUCAACCUCAUCUAUAAGCAUUUGCCUUGUGGGUUCCAGUGGAUGCUGUUCCUGGAAUCAAAGCAUCCUGUGACUGAUCAAGCAAAACCAAAGCCUAGAGUCCUGGGAGUGGGUUCACAGGUCAUCCAUAAGCAGUGGACCUUUGGGAGCGGGAAGACUUUUUGGUCUGUUUUAAAAUUUUUUCCUGCAGAAGUGGAAACACUGUAUUUUCAUUUUAAUUUAUAUUUGAAAUGUAUUUAGUUCAUGAAGUACAUCUGCUCCUUCAUCUUGACACUGUAUGAUCCUCUGUAUGUAAUGUAUUUAUAUGUUAAUUUGCUAUGUCUAGAAAUACACAGGGUCUCAAUAAAUCAAUGUAGUUAAAGGAUGGAAGAUGAAGAUAUACUGAUCGGUUACUAGAAAUACCUCAUUCAUCUGCAGGAAGAGAAGGAAAACAUCAUUAAAGUGAGCGAAUGGUCAAGCAGCUCCUCCUUUCCCUGCAGACUCAGAAACUUGGAAGGUGUCUGGGGAUAGUGUGAAGGAGGUUGGGACUAUGGACUGAAGAAACCACACUAAAUGGUUGCUCAGUCUAGAAACUUUUCUGGCACAAUAUUAAACAUGAGAUAUUAACAAAGGAAACAGGAAUCAUUUCAAAUAAACUGCUUAGCAAUCUUCAUUCUUAGGGCAGUUAGUAGUAUUUUAAACCUCUCUAACAAGAUAAAGGAAGCCACCAAAAAUAUUUGCAAAAUGGUCUAAUUGUUAAUAGCAAACCAAAACCAAACUACAAACAUACAAACAUACAAAACAGGGAUAACACAUUUGGUGGAUUUGUACGCUUCUAGCAAAUUUCACCCUGGGUUUGUUUUGUAAAUGUUCUAUAAGAGGUAUUGUCCACAGACUUCCUAGGCUGAGCUGUUUUUACAAGAAUUAUUUAUUUCAAACUGCGUGGGUAGAGAGGGGAAGGGACCCAAAACCUUCCUUACCCUACUUUUUAGAGUGCAGUUAAUCCUGAAUCUGAGAGCCCACUCCUGCCCUAAAAUAUUAAAUCAUUUUAAUAUUUUUAUUAAACCCGAAUACUUCAUAAUAAAGAGGGGAAGACCUUUUAACAAUGUUGAGUAGGAUACAAGGAUCAAAAUAAAAAUGGAAUGACAGAACUCAGAGCACCCAAAUUUUGCACAUUUAUCAAACUUGUAGUGAGAACAGUGUCUAGAUUUGUGUAUCACUAAGGGAUGCCCAAGAAAUAGAAGUGAACUUUAACUUUUAAACUUGAAAAAUUAGGCACCAUCUAUGAAAUUGCACAUUUUUAAAAGGUAGAGCUGUGUGUGUGGCUUCUAAAACGGAAUGCUGGAAAAUGCAUUUUGAACAGUUGUGUUCCCACAGAUUGGUGAUAGUUCCUUGCUGACGCUGCUUUGCCUGUGUAAAUAUAUUGACUCUCAAUCUCUGACUGUGAUGUGCUCAAUAGCAGAUCACCUCACACCCCUGAGCACUCAGUCUAGUGAAGAUGUUGUCAUGUACAAUAAAGAACUAGUUCGAUUAACUGUGUGAUGUUAACUAUUAUUAAUAAAUUUUAACAUUUUUCAAAUA